UUUAUUAGUUAAACAAAAUGAAGUGCAAUCAUUGCAGCCUUGAUCUAGCAUCAAAUGAAACGCUUAAAUGUAGUACAUGUCUGCAUGUGCUACACUACAACUGUGUUGGGCUCUCAGAAGUGGACUUCAAAAAAAUCCUUCCGAUGAACCUUAAAAAGUGGAGAUGCCCUUCUUGUAAGCAACCAAAGAAACCGACCACACCAACGACCACCGAGCCUAAGUCACCGCUGAAUAUUAUUAUUAAUGAAAGGUCAGAAGAUAACGCUGCUAACUUGCCGUCAAUUGUCAGCAUUGACACCGAAAUUUUAUUAAAUAGAAUGAACAGCCAGUUCCAGCAGUUGUCUAUGAAUAUGGGGGACCUUAAGACGAGCGUCAACGAGAGACUAGAUCAGUUGAGUGCUAAUAUCAAUGGGUGGGCCAGUAAAUUUCAAGAGUUGGAAGAGACCGUCACGAACGUUCGAGCCGAAGUUGCUGCCGUUACGGAGGAAAAUACAGCCCUCCGUAGUCAGUUAAAUGAGAUCCAGCAUAACUUCGACGAGCAGGAGCAAAAAGCCCGCCAGUGUAACAUCGAGAUACAAAAUUUACCUGCUAAAUCUUCUGAAAACCUAAUCCACGUGACGCUGGCCCUGGGUAAAGUACUGAACGUUUCUUUAACGGUUGAAUCUAUAAAAGCAGUGCACAGAGUGGCUCCUAACGUUCAAAGUGAUCGUCCGAAAUCUCGCCGACUCCGCGACGACGUGAUCGCCGCCGCGCGCGCUCGCCGCGGUGUCACCGUCGGCCAGCUGCUUGGCGCCGCGGCGACCCUUAGCGGCAGUGAGCCGGCUGACCAACAGAAGGCGGAUUCAAGACCUAUUUUCAUCAAUGAACACCUGACGCUGAAAAAUAAAAUUUUAUAUUCUAAAACACGUAAGGCCGUUGCCGAGAAGAAUUACAAGUUUGUCUGGAUAAAAAACGCCGCUAUUCUUGUCAGAAGAGACGACUCAUGCGCUAUAAUACGUAUACGGAAAGAAAGUGAUUUGAUUAAGUUAUGAAGGUUUUGUGUAUAUUGUAUUGUUGAAUUAUU